CACUGAUCUUCAUUCGGGCGCCCGGUCCCGAACUGAACGCACGUGUCCGUCGCUUAACCGCUCCAUUUCUUUGUUGUUUUGUUUGUUUUGUUCGGUUUUUUUUUUAUUUCGUUUUCAUCCCGUUACUUGUCGAUCCCCCUCCCCCAAUUGUUGGCUGGUAUUGGUCAGUGCGCCGAGCCAAUUCGUUUUCACUUUCAGUGAUUCCUCAUUGAUCGGUGGACGUAUAUAUACACUCCUGACGUCUCCGGCAGGCCACUCGUUAUUAAACAUUGAACAAAGUGCACUGUCUUCUUCUUCGAUUUAUCGUCAACGUGCACAGCUGACACGUUUCAUCGGUUCUCAAAUUGGCUGCGUGAUUGAUUUGGAUAUUCAACGAUCGGUUCGUUUAAAUCACUGACCCUUUGUGCAGUGCAAGGCCCGGCCAUUCAAUUAUCUCCAUCGACGUUCGUGCCUGAGCAACCCGCUUUUUAUCAUCCAAGAUCGUCCGAACGACUGUUCAUCCAGUUAACAAUUCACUUCCUAUACAUACCGUCUACAAGGGCAAGAUUGCCUUAAACGAUCUGUUUGGGUCAAUCGGAUUGAAUUACUUUCGAUUCAAUCGCAUCCUAUUGCGUUUCACACGUCCGCCCAUUCUGAAUGAACUCGCAACCGCUGAUACCUUCGCCAACCGCCGAUCAUCACCGUAGUCGUACCGAAUCCGUUCGUUCCACUGAAUCGCAAGAUCCAGCCGGCAUAGCCGCAUCUGUCGCCGCCGCCACCGCAGCUUACUACCAGAACUGUUGGGACGUCUUGAUGAAGGCCGAUAGUCUCCAUCAUCAUCCUCAUCAUCAUCACCCGUCGGACGGUCGAUCACCAACGACAUCACCACUAGCCAUGGACCACCGUCAUCACCAUCGAUUGCCACACCCACCGCCGCCCCCUCCGCCGUCAUGGAUGACCGCGAUGGCCGCCAGCACCAUUCCAUGGCCUUUCAUUCCGCAGGUGGCGGAUAGCGCUGCUGUGGCAACUGCUACCCAACAACUUCAGAUGGCCAACAUGUAUGCCUCCAUCUUCAGCAGGCUUCAGCAACAACAGCAGCAAUUGGCGGCUGGACAUCAUUCAAAUUCGAGUGGCGGUGGGGAAAUGUCGCCGAAACAAGCGUCUGUCUAUCCUGGUCCUCACAGUGGAGAUUCGAGCGGAGGCCAGGCCGUUCCGCGUCUGCUGCGUCAGUUGACUGUUCAAAUCAAACCGGGUCGUCAUCACGAAGAAGACGAAGAAGAAGACGACAAUGAACAGGAUCAAGGAGAUCAAAUGCCUUUUGAUCUUUCUUCCCGCCGGCCACAUUCGCCAGCUGAAGAAUCCGGCGCGCCGCUUGAUUUGAGAAUUGAUGGCAAGAAGGAUCGCUCCAGUGAUAACUCGCCGGCUGGUCAGGAUUCACCUUGUCCCCCGCUGAUUAUUCAAAAUAGAAGCCCAGCCACGUCUCCCGUUCGUGCCUCUUCAUCCAGCGCUUCAUACUCUUCGGCUCCAGCCUCUCCGCUUCCGCCGAGUUCAUCGUCCGGCCGCGCCACAUCGUCGCCGUUGCUCUGUCCGUCUACGCUUCAUCCGGCCAUGUUGGAAGCCAUGUAUCGUUCGAUGGAGAAAAUGCCACGACUGACCACCGUCUUCCCCGGAGGUCCUUAUCCACCGUCUCAGCCGCAUCACCAGAGACCUUGUCCACCGCUCAUCCAUCCGGCUACUGGAUUGGUGUCGCAUCAUCACCAUCAUCAGCCAUCGAGCAGCGGCGGCAGCAGCUAUCAACGGCUGGGCAGGCAGGAAUCGACAUUAUCUAAUAAAACAAGCGCAUCGAGUGCCGGCGUUAAUAAAUCACGGGACCGCUAUUCGUGCAAAUUCUGCGGCAAGGUCUUCCCUCGUUCGGCUAACCUGACCCGCCAUCUGAGGACGCAUACGGGCGAACAGCCUUACAAGUGCAAAUACUGCGAUCGCUCCUUCUCCAUCUCGUCUAAUCUGCAGAGGCACGUUCGCAAUAUUCACAACAAGGAGAAACCUUUCAGGUGUCCGCUGUGCGACCGCUGUUUCGGGCAACAAACCAAUUUGGACCGACAUUUGAAGAAACAUGAGUCGGACGGACCGACCAUUCUGGACGAAGAUCGUAAGCGAAGUCGUGCGGCCGGAAUGGCGGCAGCAGCAGCUAGGCCAUCUGGCGUUCAUCUUUUGAGACCCCCUACAACCGGAUUCUAUUAUGCUGAUUUGGCCGCCGUCGCUGCCCAACAUCAUCAUCAACAGCAACAACAUCGUCGGGCAGCCAUCCCAGAAUUGCAUCACAACAUUUCACCGAUCCUCAAUAGCCGUUUGGGCAUGAUGGGAGGAGGCCAGUCUCCCAUCCGUUCGCCAGCUCAGUCGCCAUCGGGUAGCAGUUCAUCGGAUCACGAUGACGCACCGAUGAACAAGAAAGCCCGACAUCUCGAAAUCGAGGAAGACGAAGAAGAAGAAAGCGCUAUUGAAUCGAGCCCAGAAGAAAUUGAAGAAGACGACGAUCUCGCUAAUUCGAAAACUAUUGCUGACGAAGAACUACAGGAGAAUUCGAGCAAAGAUGAGGCGGAUGCAGCAAGCGAAGCUGGAAGCCACAGCAGUAGCGGCGUGAGCAACGCCAGCGCACCCAGCAGCCAAGGCAACGCCGGUGUCUUGUCGUGCGAGGUGACCAUUCAUACGGACAACAAUAAGUCGCCAACUUUAUCGCCCAAUCCCGCUGCUAUUAUUGUUGUCACUCCGUCCAGUUGAAUAUCCCGAUUAAGUUGUUGAUGAUGACUGUUCUCUCACUUAUGUAGAAGUCACAGGAUACUGAUAGAUAGUUUUGAAUAGGGUGAUCACAAAUCAUUCGCCUCUUUCAUCUUUUUUUUACACCACUUCCCCCCUCCCCCUCUUUUUUUUGUUGUUGGCGUGGCUUCUUUCUCAUUUCUUUCUUCUAGUGAAUUAGUAACGAUUUCGUCCAGUUUUCGCGUCCAUCACGGACGUACACGCCCAGAAAAAUGUAUUUGACAUGUUCAUGAUGAUCACCCAUAAACACACGUGAAACACGAUUUGUUCCUAUUUGGAUAGCAAGCACAGGUGCACCAUUUGAUUUUGAGCACUAUUCGUCCUAGUUGGACUCUUCAUUCGGCGACACGUGCACGGAUCAUCGCCCAAAUUACGCAACGACCGCAGCCUGAACGAAAUCUGAUUGAAACUUUUAGUAAAGGAAAAAAAAAAAAAAAAAAAUCCCCCAUCUCAUUGUGUUCACCUGAUGACCUCUACCCCUCAUCUCUGUUUUUAAAAAAAAUGUUGUUCAUUUAAUUCGCGGCUUUGAAAAAAAAAAAAAAUAUCGACGACCUAAAAAUUUACGAUGAAACGUAAAAAAUAAUAGGUUUUGUGUGUGUUUUGAUUAUACGAAUAAUCUAAAAUAGUUGUACCGAAUGUUGGCUAUAUCAAACAGCACUUUUCCCUGCACCAUCCGGUAAAAAUAAUUUUUCAAAAUGAGGUACAAAAUAGUGUUGAAUAAUUCAGAGUGUAUUUUUAAUAGAAAAUAUACAGGCAGCUGGGAAA